AUGCCCUAAAACACUUUCUACUUCAGGAUGGGGGGUUUUCCAGCCCUGCUGCUCUUGCUGGCACUACCAGGGGAAAAUUGGAAUUGGGAUGCAGAUUUGGACACCAUUUCAUUUCCCACUAAGGAGGGGGAUGUUGCCAACUCCACAGAUGACAGCAGUAAGGAUCACAGGACUCUCUAUGCUCUCAUGGUGCUGAGUUCCUUCCUGCCUACAACUGCUCUGAUUGCUACUGUUUUACUCCUCCUCACCACUUACAUCAGAAGGAAAAGGGCAGGAAAACGGAUGGACUUUGGCAGACAUCCUUCUUUCAGACAAGCAGCACUGCAGAAGGAUGGAAGAAACAAAGCAAGUAGAAUGCCAGAAGGGGAACUGAAUGAUUGUACAAUAUAUGCUGUCAUAAGGCACCAACCUCAGCCAAAGCCUGAAGAUGUUAUAUAUGUCAACACACAGCCUUCACCAAAAGUUUUCUUCUGCAUUCAAGAACCACCAAGCAAUUCACUUUCCUCAGGGCCUAUGGAAUAUGCUACUGUUAUCUUCAGAGCCACAAAUCCACAUUCUGGAACUGAAAAGAGAAAAACAGGUCCACCUAAACAAAACAGCACAAAGCCUUGGGCUUAUUCACAGAAUUUUGCUGAACUGCACUUAGAAACAAUCCAUUUGUAACCAGUUGCUGAAGCUGAAUACAUAUGGGGUGUGAGGCAGAAUGCAACUGAAAGGAUGAGGCACAUGGAUGCACAAACCUUCCCUGAAAAAAUAACUACACUUUUCUAAUAGCACAGCAUUACAAUUCAGCUAUUGGUAAUCAAAUCUAGUGGAAAGCUAUGGUAUAUUUGCUUUUUCCAAAUUGCUCUAUUUUUAAAUGACAGGCAACUACAAACCCAAAGACAGGAAACUGGUUCCCCCUGGUAGCAGCUGAUACAGUGCCACAGUCAACAAAGGGCUGUCAGAUAUGGUAGCAUGAUGCUUCCUUUUAGACUUUCUUCAACAGCUCACUUAGAUACUCAUAUAUAAAAUGUUAAUUAUUGCCCACUCUGAUAAGAUCCAAGUCAGCAAAGUGGUAAAGAAUCUGCUUUAUUUUAAACAUAGGAGUUGUUUCAUGGACUUCAGAAAGACAAGUAAUGCACCCGACAUAUUUUAGUAAACAAGGGUCUUGUUGAAAAAUAUUUGACAACAUUAUAGUAUGAACUGUCUUCAGCUUGAACACAUGGGUGUAGAAUUUACACCCAGUGUUAUUUAUUUAUUUAUUUUUACAAAUAAAUAACUUUGUAUUUCCUUGCCUUUGGUGCUUGUUGUCUAUUAAUGCCACACCCAUGCUACUAGUAUAAAUCUAGCUUGACUUUAUUAUAAAUUACACAUAUUUUCAUCAAACUACUGAAUCCUGUUAUCAUGGUGAUACAUGCAAACAUCCAUUAGGGAUUAUGGAUAAAUCCCAAAAUUUAUCUGACUGAGAUUUUCAUUUUAAUUCUGUGAGUUGGAGCCUGAGGAUGCUGAAUAUGAUACAAAAAUGGUUUUAAUUUUUUGGUAUUAAGAUUGCAUGAAGACUCCAGCCUAGGUACUGGGUAGCAUGGGAGGAAAGGAAUGUGAAAAGGCAGAGAAUAUGUCCAUGAGUCAUAUAAACUCCACUCUGCCUGUGAGUGCUUGUACAGUCCUGAAGGGUGGGGGAGAGAGGGGGGGCGGGGAGAGAAUAAGAAAAUUUUGUUGACGGGUCUGAUGUGGCUACAUGAUAGCAGGCUUUUUGCCAUUAUCUCUGAGAUUAUUUUGGUUCUCUAUUGCAAAUUCUCUGAAAAUAAAGCUAGAAAAAACCCAUAAUAAUAGCUAAAGAAAUCAAUUUCUGGCUUCCUAAACAGGCUUGCAUGAUUGCAUUCUUCACUUCCUGUCCCAACUUCCCAUGUUCUGUUCUUGCAUAUUGUUAUUUCCUUUUUUUCUUUUUCUUUUUUUUUUUUUUUGAUCAUCACUGCAUUGAUCAACUCUGGAAAGAAUUAAUGACUGACACCCUUGUGCUUUGGGUCAUUUCUGAGAUGUCAAAAGUGUUGGUGUGGGGACCAUACCAUUAAGGUCUGAAAUGAUACACAACAGGAAAGACAAAUGGUUAACAUAAUAAGCUUCAAUAUACAAAUUCAACUCCUUAUUUAGCCUGUUUGACUCUUUGAAAGCACCUAAAACUUUGUAUGCCUAAAUUCCUCGCAAUGCCAUACAGAGUGAAAGUUCUGAGGGCCUCAGAUCCUUAUGUAAUAGAAGUUAAACAACUAAAUAGACAGGCUUACUGGUAUUUCUUUCUGCCUACAAAGCUGAAGAAGAUCUACUAUAAUAUGAUAUGAUGAAUUUGAGCAUGUUUCUAGGGACAGUUUAUCUCUAUGGAUGGCAUCAGUCCUCUGUCACAAAAUGUAAAAAUGUAACUGCCUAAUUUAAAAUAAAGACAGAAGAAAUAUUCUCAAAUCUUUCUAAAUUUGUAACAUCUUACAGGUAUUUUCCUUGUGUGCAAAUGAUGGAGAUUUGCUAGUAACCUGAACUGUCUACUAUGAAGGAAGAAUUAUCUUAAGACCCAGUUUAGAUUGGCAUGUUUGGUAGUUAAAUUUGGAAAGCAUCAGUAGCCCAUCCAAUCUACUUCUGUUAUGCUCAGCUGUGGAACCACAUUCAGGAAUGGUCUAACUUAUGUACAAGCAGCCUCUGGACAUGUGGGACAUUGCAAACCUGGCCAUGUCUUCAGAUAAGCCUAACAAAGACACCUAGUGACCCAGUUUUAUAUUGGCUGUUGAAUAGUGGUGUAGACACGUAUCUGGCUAAUGUCUCACAUGUCCUCCCAGCUUAUCUUUCAUUCGAUGGUAGCAGGAAAUAAAGUUGCAGCAUUCUAGGAACUGGGCUUAUCAGAUGGACAGGGCACAGCUGACAGGAUGUAAAAGGACAGGAGUUUUUUCCAAGACUGAGGCUAUUAGUCAAUACCUUCCAUUCCAGUUCCUCUGUACAUCUCCUCUGUCCUUCUACAGGACGUCUAGUUAAAACUCACUCCAAAUCUAAACAUUCUCUGCAGCCUAUGCUGAAAUAGUUAUUUGUUUCUUCUUUGUCUCACUUCAAAAGCAGUGAACGCUAAGAGGACCAUUUUCAUGUCUAAUAGGGAGUAAACUAAUAUCCAUAUGACUAAUGCCUGGGCACCUUCAUCUGUUACCUGCUGUUCACUGCAAACAGCUCUUGCCCUAAGUGCCCUAAGAGCACUAUAAGAACGGAACAAUCAUAUAAUAAAUUAUACUGUGGAGAUUCUGCUGAAGUCAUCAUAGUACUGUGCCAUCAAGUGCCUUCUAGUAGCAGUUUUGCAAAUUCGGUAAAAUUUGCCAUAUGCCUAAGAAGCCAGGGAGACUUGAGCAAAAGGUUAAAAGGACAAUGUUUUAUUAGUCACUGUGUAAACCAUCCAGUUCUGCUCCAUGUCUUGAAAGACCCACAGAAAGCAAAAUGGGAAAGUAAACUGCAUUUUGGAUAUACUACAAACUACAGACCAAGGAGUCUCCUGCUAGACAAAGUGAAGUUGACUCAUUCAUACCUUUCCUCUUCCUCUGGAAUUCACUGAAACAUGAGAACAUUUUUGGAACAAAUGAUUGUGUCUAACUCCUCCAAGUACAAAGAAUCAGCAAAGUGUUGUUGAAUGAAGAACAUAAGAAACAGAAAACCCAGCUUACCAACCCUAUUCACUUCGCAUUAGUAGUACAAAAUUUUAUUCAUUCUAUUCACUUUAGAAUACCUAUUCAAUUGUUCUCAACUUCCUGCCUAACUUUCCUCCCAUGCCUAGCAAUCGCAAAUAUUAAUUACAAGAAAGGAAAACUAAGCAAUAAAAGACAAGAUCCUGGCAACCGUGACUAGCCCAAGAUUAGCACAUAGAGGAACUUCUCUCCAAAGUGAGAGAUUGCUUUAAAUUAGUCUGCUCCUGUUCUUGUUAGGGAACUGAAAAGAAUUUCAAAUUAAGAAUAAAGCAAAAAGCUGUAAAAAUCAAUAUCUGAGUGGCUUUGUAAUCAGAUAACCCAUUAUGUGCUAAGGGCAUUCCCUCCAAGCCUGUGAUGCCUGCUUACUCCCUUGGGCCACUGCCCUUCAUGCUCUUCUGCAUCCACGAAUCUUCAGCUGUGAGGUCCUUGAGGAUUUAUUCUGCUCUAUUUGCCAACAAUCACACUUUCAGCAUUUCUGUAUUUCACCAUGAUUGCAAAGCUGCCAGCAAUGCAGUGACAGAAAACCAGGCCAGCUUUCUUCAGGACCCACACUGACUGCCAGCAUGUGGGGGCUUUGCAGCACCUAACAACAGUCUGAGUUAGGAGGCCAGAUCCUGUACAUUCAGCAGAAGGAAAAAGGCACCUUCAGAAGAUAUUUCCAAACAGCAGGACCUAACUGGAUGCUCUGAACUGCCUGCUAGAGGAACUUCCAUCUCACCUAUGGGUACACCAUCCUCCUAAUUUCAACACUUAACAUAGGCAGUAUAGUUAUGCCCCAUUGUAUCUGGCAUUAGAAGUACACACCAAUUUUCCAUUGGAUUUCUGAGACCACUUCAGUGUAGCUAAAUACAAACUCAUCCAGUAUUUCCAAGCUGUUUUACAGCUAGCGUAAAGAUGUCACUCACAGUUGGUUCACAUGGAAAGCACUAUUAAGGCAUCCACUGCAGGAGAAACACACACAAGUGUUUGG